AUGUGCAUGGCCUUGAGAGCAAAGAAUAAGUUGGGGUUUGUAGAUGGAUCAAUACCAGCACCCAACUUGAUAUCAGUGAAUUUUGCACAAUGGGUUCGGGUGUAUGAUAUGGUGACCUCCUGGUUGCUUCACUCUAUUGCAACUGAAAUUGCUUCCAGUGUUAUCUAUGCUGAGACUGCCCAUGAAAUAUGGACAGAUCUGGAGAAUCAUUUUUUACAACCCAAUACAACUAAGAUCUAUCGGAUCAAGCAGGAAAUCGCAGAUUGGAAGCAGGACAAGUUGAAUGUGUUUGCUUAUUUUUCCAAACUCAAAGCACUAUGGGACAAGUUAUCUUCCUAUGUUGCCUUGUCGGCUUGUCAUUGUGGAUCUUCCACAAAGCUACUUGCAUUCCUACAACAGAACCAAGGUAUGAAAUUUCUCCAAGAUCUCCAUGAAUCUUUUCCGUCAUUGAGAAGUCAUCUUCUUCUCCAAGAUCCAUUACCACCAAUUGAAAAAUUGUACUGA